AUGUCUUUGUCCUCCACAGCAGUUCCAGUCAACACAUUGCCCGAACUUGUGGAAGUGCUGCUGCCAAAAUCUGAACGUCCUCGAAAAAAGGCAGCAGCAGCGUGCACGAUAUGCAAGCACAAAAGGAGAAGGUGUACUGGAGGACAUGACGACCGUAAUUGCGACCAGUGCCGCAAAGAUGGACUGAAUUGCAAGUUUGAAGGACACGACAAACGGACGAACAAGUACAAAGAGCUCAUUAUGGGCAAAGCCGUCAUCCAUGAAGCUCUGCUCAGCCAUAUCUCGUUGGCAUGGCGCUCUGGCGACCAACUUAGGAUUACUCAAACCAUGAACACAGUCUUGAAUGACAAUCUGUCAGACACACAGAAGCUGGAAAUCCUCGACCAAGUUGCAACCAAGGUCGAUGAUCCUCUGCAAUUGCUAGCGAGGUCAGUGUCCGAUGCAAGUUCAUUAGAUUCGACCACUUCCAACCCUAGAUAUGAGAGUGGUCCAUCAGCACGCUCAUGCUUGCCGACAUCCACGAAUUAUGCUCAGGGAUCCGAGAGAAUACCGAUCGAUUUAUUGCUGUGCAAUCAGGACGAACAGGACGAUCAUAUGCGACGACCGACGUGA